GCGACGCUGUCGCUGACUCGCUGUCGCGUAAACGCAUAGUGUUUAGGUGUGAUUUGUAUUUAUUAAUGUAAUUGAAAUAAUAUUGUACCGUGCACAACUCUAAUAAUGAGUGAAAAGCGUGAACACGAAGGCAGUGACGCAGAAGAUGACUGGAUCGGGCCGUUACCUUCGGAAGCUGCGCCGCAAAAGAAACAACGAGUCUUGGAGUAUGAACAAGUUUACAUAGACAACUUGCCAUCCUGUGAAUGUUACGAGAAGUCAUACAUGCACAGGGAUGUCAUUACCAAUAUUUUAGUAACAAAAUCCAAUUUUGUGAUAACCGCCAGUUGCGACGGUCACGUGAAAUUUUGGAAAAAGCAGGAGGAACUAAUAGAAUUCGUAAAGCACUUUCGAGCGCAUUUAAUGGCGAUACAGUCAAUGUCUGCCAGCUGCAAUGGUGUUCACGUCUGUUCAAUCAGCAUAGAUAAAACUAUGAAAAUAUUCGACGUUAUUAAUUUUGAUAUGAUAAACAUGAUAAAGUUGGACUUUGUGCCGUUUUGCGCCGAAUGGGUUUACUCAGCUGGCGAUGCCAUAUCCGCUGUGGCAGUGUCUUCGCAAGACUCGAAUAAAAUAUAUAUCUAUGACGGUCAGGGCACAAGUACACCUUUACACGUGUUCGAGAAGCUGCAUACUAAACCUGUUGUCAUUAUGAAAUAUAAUCCAGUGUACGAGACGUGCAUCUCCGUUGAUAAAGCCGGUAUAUUAGAGUACUGGACAGGCCCGAAAACGAAGUACAGGUUUCCCAGAUGCACAUCGUUCGAGUCGAAGUUGGAUACCGAUCUGUUCGAGUUCGCCAAAAAUAAGACUUACCCGUGUGGCUUAGCGAUAUCGCCCGACGGCAAACGGUUUGCGUCUCUUAGCGGAGACAGAAAAGUUAGGGUUUUUAACUUCCAGACGGGUAAGCUGUAUAGAAUAUUUGACGAGACGCUGCAGAGAUUUAGCGAAUUGCAGCAGACUGUACAGCAACUUCCAAACAUGGAGUUCGGACGCAGAAUGGCAGUCGAGAGAGAGCUGGAUAAAACCGAGACAAAUUUGGGAAAUAUUCUUUUUGACGAAUCGGGUUAUAUUAUUCUAUAUCCCACCAUGCUGGGUGUAAAAAUGGUGAAUCUUUAUACAAAUCGUUGCAUUAAGAUCAUGGGCAAGCCGGAGAACAUACGACCAAUGCGGCUAGCAUUGUUCCAGGGCAAAGCGAGAAAGACCACUGCCGCGUUGACCGUUGAGAUGGAGGCUUCUGAGAAUCCCACGAUGGAGCUGAAUCGGCCGGAUCCGACAUUGUUUUGCACGGCUCACAAAAAGAAUCGGUUCUACAUGUUCACGAGACGAGAGCCGGAGGAUACGAAGAGUCAGGAAUGCGACCGCGACGUGUUCAACGAGAAGCCCUCUAAGGAGGACAUCAUAUCUUCUACGGAGGCUACAAACAUGCAAAAGAUAUACGACACGGCGAUAAUUCACACGGCGCUUGGUGACGUCCAUGUAAAUCUCUUCGGCAAGGAGGUCCCUAGAACGGUGGAGAACUUCUGCGUGCACGCGAAAAAUGGCUACUUCAAUGGCCACAUAUUUCAUAGAGUUAUCAAAGGCUUCAUGAUACAAACGGGAGAUCCCACUGGUACCGGCACUGGUGGUGAGAGCAUAUGGGGAGGCGAGUUUGACGACGAAUUCAAGCCGAAUCUGAAGCACGACAGACCGUAUACUCUGAGCAUGGCGAACGCAGGACCAAAUACGAAUGGCAGUCAAUUUUUCAUUACAUUGACGCCGACGCCCUGGUUAGAUAACAAGCAUACCGUAUUCGGCCGAGUUCACAAAGGAAUGGAGGUCGUGCAGAAUAUCAGUCAAGUGAAGACAAAUCCGAAAACUGAUAAGCCUUACGACGAUAUACGAAUAGUUAGCGUGACUGUUAAAUAAUUUUAUAUAAUAAAAAUCGAGAUACAUUUGUA